AUGUCAUCAUCUAAACAACAGCUAACGCAACCGACUCAUCCAUGUCCAUUUGAUGGCAGUGCCAAAAAGUCCGAAGAAGCAGCCGAUCGGAACAAGCAUCACAUCCUGGAGAUAUUGCAGAAAUAUAUGGAUCAAUCGCCAUUGAAGGUUCUAGAGAUCAGCUCUGGAACGGGUCGACACGUUGAACAUUUUGCAAGACAUUUUCCUCAUGCAGUUUUUCAACCAACUGAAAUUGAUGCAGAUUCAGUAAAUUCUCUAAAUGCCACUCUUGCUAAUAAUCAAUUGUCGAAUAUCAAACAGCCGUUAAUAUUGGAUGCAUCAAAACCGUUUGAUACAUGGUGUUUACCAGAAGAUUUUUGUUGUGGAUGUGUGGACGUGAUUAUUAACAUUAAUAUGAUUCAUGUCAGUUCGAAUGCUGCUGUUGAUGGCUUGUUCGAGGCAUCCGGUAAACUAUUGAAAUCAAAAUCAGGUCUACUGAUCACAUAUGGUGCAUAUUCUGUGGACGGACAAAUAACACCUGAAAGUAAUGUGGUAUUCGAUCGAAAGAUUCGUAGUAUUAAUCCUGAAUGGGGAUUACGCGAUGUGUCCGAAAUGGAGGAGGUUCUCAAUUCGUUCCAUUAG